CUGCCAGAUCUGGCCUCCCAGCUUGGAACAUUAUAUGAGUUAAUGGAAAGCAGAGUAAAAACUUUGCAAAAGCUGUCUCGCUUGCAUGGCAAACUAUAUCUUAUUAUCACCCAAGUGGCUGCAUUAGAACAGGUUCAGGAUGUGCCUGAUAUUGAUCAGACUGCAAAACUGGUAUAUGAAGAAGAAUCAUCGGACGAUGGUUCAGACGACGAGAUGGUUGCAGAGAGAGAUUCAGAUGAAAAUUGGGAUGAAGAUGAAGAGAAGGAAGAUGAGGAGAACAAUGAGAGAGAUGAACAGUCGGACAAUGAGCAAGAGAUGGCAAUAGAAAAAGAAAUCAAUGGAGAGUCAGAUUUGGAUCCAGAAAAUGAAAGUGAAGAAGAAUAGCAUACUGUUUAAAGAAAGAAAGCUUGUUGGAGCCGGCUACCAAAAUGUGUCACUUCUGGAUUGCCAUGCUGGAAGCCACUUGGAUCACAACAAGGAGUGCACACUUGAUACCUAAUAUAUCUGAUGGCAUAUUGGAAAACUCUGUUUCCAAACCUGGAGUGCAUAAUGAUGCCAUCCUUCUUGUUCUUCAGUUCUAUAUUUCUAGGGAUCACAGUGAAACAAAUUUCUUCCACAUAGCAAGCAAAUUAUUUCUUUUAUUUGGAUAUUCAUUUUACAGUUCAAGUCUAAUAGCUUAUCAAUCCCCAUUGGGUGAUGAUCCUGUUGCAGCUUUGCUUUAAAUUCUGAUGGAUUGAAGACCACUCUAUCUUAAACUGCUUUAGUUAAAUUUUUUGGAAGAAAAUAAAUAUUUUUGUAAGACUCAAAAACAUUACUUUGAAUUUCUUGGUAGUUCUUCCUCUUUCCUCCUCAAUAUCCAUUCUCUCAUAAGAGAAUUAUUUCAUACCUUAGCAAUGAUACAUUGCAAACCAGGUUUUAAGACUAAACUGACUUUUUUAUAUGUGUGUGUAAAUCAGUCAUUUUUCAUGUACUUAAAAAAAGACCCGUGCUUAAUCCUAACUUUUUGGUUUUUUUGCGCUUGUAUAUAAGUUUACUGCUGACCCAGAGAGUUCUUUGGCGGAAGAAAAAUAAUGAAAAUGGGGAGGGCAGAGACUUGUGAAUAACGUUACACAAAAACGUAUACAUUUAUUAUGGAUUUUUAAUCUUGGGAAGAAUGGGGUUGCUGUUAGCUCAAUUAAACUGAAGUGAUAUAAACAAUUGGGUAACGUUUUUGAGCCAUUCACCAGUAUAAUGUACAGUUUAAUUUGUCUAUAAUUGGAGCUGUUGCAACCUAAUGUUGCUCUCCUUUGUAAAGUGAAUAAAUAUACAUUGUCUUUAUCAA